AGUUUUUUUUUUUUUUUCCUUUGUCAUUUUAUGAAUUCCUAAAGUUAAUGCAAGAUUAUAACUCUGCCUUCUAAGAAGAUUUUUUCAUUACAUUUGUUGGGUUCUAGGAGUGCAAUCUUGUCAUCUAAAAUGGCAAGAAUCGUUAAAAUUUGCAUGCAAUCAACCCUGAAGACCGUAAAUUUAAUAAUGGGAAUGGUCGGCAUCGCUAUGAUUUUAUAUGGGUUUUGGAUGUUAAGAGUUUGGCAGAGAGACAUGGGAGGUUCUCCAUAUGAAGAUUUCUAUUCUUCUGCUCCAUGGUUUAUAUACACAUUUAUAGGUACUGGCAUCACCUUGUGCAUCAUAACAUGCCUUGGUCACAUUGCUGCAGAUAGUGCUAAUGGUUUCUGCCUCUUCUGUUACAUGGUGAUAAUCUCUGUAAUUCUGCUUCUGGAGAUAGCGAUGGCAGCCGACAUACUCCUAAAUUCUGAUUGGGAGAAGGAUUUGCCUGACGACCCUACAGGGAGAUUCCAUGAUUUCAAGGAAUUUGUGGAGUCCAACAUUGAUGUCUUCAAAUGGAUUGGAUUGUUGAUCAUCUUGGGUCAGGGAUUUUCUUUCUUACUGGCAAUGGCUCUUAGAGCUCUGGGACCAAACUGGAGUUCUGACGACUACAGUGAUGAUGAAUACACUCCAGCCAGGCUUCCGCUCCUGAAUCACCAAGCUCAACCUCCUGCAUAUGUCAUUGGCAAUCCGCGCUUUGCCCCCAAUAAUGAAGGUUGGAAUGUAACCACAAACAAGUGAAGAGAGCAGCAUCAUUUUUGCAGAUCAUUCACGGGCAACGAUUCUGUAAGAAAAUUCUGUCAUUGUUAGAGAUGCUUAGAUGCAGAUGUGUACCUAUCAUUGUUCCUUUUAACCAUGUUCCAGACUAUGUCAUGGUUAUUUUCUUGAGUAUUACUUGCGUCGGCAUUGAGUAUGAACUAACCAGAGAGUCAAGAAACAAUAAACACAAAU